AUGGUGUUGGCGGCGGCGCAUGCGUCUGGAGUGCUCUCCAAGGAUUUGACAGUCGUGCUACCUGAGACUGUUCUUCCUGCCAAACUGGAAAAGAUCAAAUCUUACCUUAUCAAUGUCAUCCUCCACGGCGCAGAGACUGGCCUUGCGGAGAAGCACGCCCAACACCUCGCUGCUUCAGGGGAAUAUACAUACAUCUCGCCAUAUAAUGACCUGGACAUUGUGGCUGACAAGGAACGAUUGGAAUCGAAAUCCUGGAGCAAUGCCUUCAACCCUCAAAUCACAAUCUGCGGAGUCUCUGCUACAAACUCCCAGGCUCUUGCAAAGUCCAUAUCUUCAGGACGAGUCGUAGAGGCUCAUCACUUCCCAACACUCGCUGAAGCAGUGGCUGGCGGACUUGACGAAGAUACCGUUACUCUAGCGCUGGCUCAAUCGGUGGUUGAUCACGUCAUUAAGUGCGAAGAAAAUGAUAUUCUCUCUGCUCUGAAAACAAUUGCUUUUCAUGAAAACAUGAUUAUGGAAGGAUCUGCAGCAUUAGCAUUAGCCGGAUAUAACAAAUAUGCUGACAGGUUGGCUGGGCAGACGUCUGUUAUUCUACUUUGUGGUGCAAAUAUCUGCGUCGACGGCAGGACAGCCACCAUCACGACCAGCCUAAACUCGGCGCUUACGCAGUUCCGCCAUCCCGCUAAUCCGCGCCUCCUGUGGGCCGAUGCCUUAUGUAUCAACCAGAAAGAUACGGCGGAGAAGACAGUCCAAGUCCAGCUCAUGGCAGAUGUCUAUCGCUACGCGGUGCAGGUCCUCGUCUGGCUCGGGCCCGAUGCAGACGGCCUCGAAGAGUUCUUCCCAACAGUCUAUGCAGCUUCAAGGUUUAUCUCCGUAAUCGAAGCGAGGUAUAACAGCGAGCCCGAGGGAGCAAUUGAGUUGCAGCGCCAAAUGAUGCGCUUGAGCUGGGAACCAAUCCUAGAGCUAUUCCUCUGGCCGUGGUUCACACGGAAGUGGGUUGUGCAGGAGGUUGCCCUUCCCAAGCAUGUUGUCAUGUGCUACGGGAACCUGUGGUUUCCUUUCCACACUCUGGGAAUGAUAACCUUGGCUUUAGUCGACUGGCCCGUAAGUGCGGGCUUGGUGGCCCAGUGGGAUAAGAAGUAUUUUACUGGGCUUUUCAACGCCUAUUUCCUCCACUCAGUGCAUCGCAAUAAGGUCAACAACUGUGGAGAUCAAGAGGACAUACUUAGUUGUCUUGUCUGGACCAAGCUAAUCCAGUGCUCGGUCCCACAUGACCACAUCUAUGGUCUCCUCGGGCUUCUGGAUACUUUUGGGGCUUCUCUGAAGCCAGACUACCAGUGUAGUCCCGCCGACGCCUUUGCCCGGUUUGCCAUCUGGAACCUUGUUGAAGAGGAGAGGCCGGAGGUGUUAUGUAUUCCUAGCAAACCCGAUGGCCAGAUUAUUCUACCCUCUUGGGUGCCGGAUCUUAGCAAUAUGCAGGACAUCCACCCUAUUGCGAACCAUACGUUGCGCCUGUUUUCUGCCGGAGGACAGCAGGCACCACAAUUUACCGUCUCGGCCGAUAGAAAAAUUCUGAGUUGUCUAGGCAGGAUCAUAGUCACAAUAGAAAAUUACACGUGUUGUGUGAGCAAGAUGCAGCUGCCCGAGGAGAUUCCUGAGAGCCUAGCGUGCGAAAGACUUGCAGCCGAAAACAUGGGCGGUCUACCUUACAAUGACAACGGUAGCAAUGAUGGAAACGCCCAUGGCAAAACUAGGCUGCCCCCGGAUCGUUUUGAGCAGUUUCGGCGCACGAUGCCCUGCGGGUUUCACUUCAGCGAUGGCGGUUACCACCGCCCAAAGCCGUCCGUCGGCACCACCUUGGCGCGCUACUUCGAUCUGCUGGGUGAUUCCUGCAGCGAAAGCCGCUACAAGCAAUUUGGAAGUGUGCUUUGGUGA